UAUAAAUGUCCAUGAGGCACUGUUGACCAAUGACCAGCACAGAGGGCUACUGAUCAUGGCUUCUCUGCACACUGGCGUUUGGUUGCUGCUGGCGUGGGGACUGAUACACACAAGUUCAUCCUCUUACUAUGAUGGAAUUGAGGAAGUGAAUAAUGACUUUAUUGAAAGUUGUGCAAAGGAAGCCAAACACCUGGUAGAUACGGCCUAUAAAAACACCCGCCAAAUCUUGAAAGAACGCUUAAGGAAGAAGAUAGUUGAAGCUCGCGACCUCAUGGCUUACUUCAAGCAGCCCGUUGCAGGAAGCAGAAACGCCAUACGAGCUGCCGAUUACAUGGGCACUACUCUGCAGCUUCUGACAGGAAAAGUCCAAUACUUUUAUGACCGUCCUUUCAAUAUUACAGAUCUACUAACAAAGAAACAGAUUGACACUAUAUCUCAGAUAUCAGGCUGCACAGCACAAUACCUCCCAAAAGCUUGCCAGAACAAUCAAUAUCGCACCAUUACUGGAGAGUGCAAUAACAGGAGAAAUCUCAAUCUUGGUGCUUCCAACACUGGGUUUACACGUUUGCUGCCUGCACAAUAUGAAGAUGGCGUGUCUCUUCCUCGUGGCUGGACUGAAAAUCGUAUGAUUAAUGGAUUCCGUCUCCCUUUGGCACGUCAAGUAUCCAAUGAAAUCGUAAGAUUCCCAACUGAAAAUAUCACCCUGGACAGUGGCCGAGCACUUAUCUUCAUGCAAUGGGGACAAUGGACAGAUCAUGACCUUGAUCUCUCACCUGAGACUCCUGCAAGGGCAACUUUCCUUGAAGGUAUUGAUUGUGAUACCAGCUGUGCAAGAGAGCCCCCCUGCUUUCCACUCAAGAUUCCACCAAAUGAUCCUCGGUUUAGAAAUCGCAGUGACUGUAUCCCAUGCUUCCGCUCCUCUCCUGUAUGCACCCCGGGAUCUCCAAUCCGUGAACAGAUUAACAUUCUCACCUCUUUCCUCGAUGGGAGUCAAGUGUAUGGCAGUGAUCUGCCACUGUCUUUUGCACUACGUAAUAACACAAAUCAGUUUGGACUUAUGGCCAUUAAUCAGAACUUCACGGAUAAUGGGCUUGCAUUUCUUCCAUUUGAAACUGCACAUGAAGACUUCUGCGUCCUGACGAACAGAUCAUCUGGAAUCCCCUGUUUCUUGGGAGGAGACCCCCGUGUCAGUGAGCAACCUGGUCUCAAUGCCUUUCACACACUCUUUGUACGUGAACAUAACCGCAUAGCUACAGAACUACGGAGGAUGAAUCCGCGUUGGUCUGGUGAGACCUUGUAUCAAGAAGCUAGGAAGAUCGUAGGGGCACUCUUGCAGAAAAUCACAUACAAAGAUUGGCUGCCUCUACUGUUGGGAUCAGAGUUGCCAAAAGUUCUCCCUAGAUACAGAGGUUACAAUGAGUCUGUAGAUCCAAGGGUGGCCAAUGUAUUCACUAUCGUGUUCCGCAUGGGCCAUACUCUCAUACAGCCACUCAUAUAUCGUCUUGAUGAUGGCUAUCGUCCCUAUGCUCCAGAGCCACAGACCCCCCUAAGCUUGACUUUCUUCCAUAGCUGGAGAUUGGUCAGACAAGGUGGAAUUGAUCCUCUUCUCCGUGGACUGAUGGCAAAUCGAGCAAAACUUAAUCGUCAAAACCAACUGGUCGUGGACGAGUUAAGGGAGCAUCUCUUUGGGCAAUUGAAACGUACUGGGCUUGAUUUACCAGCCCUAAAUUUGCAAAGGGGCCGUGAGCAUGGUGUACCAGGAUACAAUGACUGGAGAAGGUUUUGUGGAUUUUCUGCACCAAGGAAUGUGAAUGAGUUAGCUGCUGUGCUGAAUAACAGGGAGCUGGCCCAAAAGUUCAUAAAUCUGUAUGGCACAGCUGAAAAUAUUGACAUUUGGGUUGGCGGGGUUGCUGAACCUUUAGUUCGUAAUGGCAGAAUUGGGCAGUUGCUUACAUGUCUGAUUGGCAACCAGUUCCGUAGAGCUCGAGAUGGAGACCGGUUUUAUUAUGAGAGCGAAGGGGUGUUCACCCCCUCUCAGAGGAAUGCGAUAGAGAGACAGACAUUUGCACGUGUGAUCUGUGACAACACUAGGAUUACUGAGGUUCCUCGAAAUGUCUUUUUGGGCAAUCAAUAUCCUCGUGAUUUUGUAAGAUGUCAGAAUAUUCCAGCCCUGGACCUCAGACCAUGGAGAGCAAAUUAAGAUUAAAAUGGCAAGAAAAUCGUCAAAACAGAAAAACGGGGAAUGAAAAAUUUAUAGAGGGAAACCUCUCCUUUUUGAGAGGACUACCCCUUUAUCUAGGACAGAUCUGAUAGGACUAUCCUUCUAGUAGACCAGUUCCAAUGCAGUUUUGGGUGGUUGUCUCACAGAAGUUUUUACUGUAAUGGGUUUUGAUGUUGUUAUUAUUAUGAAUAUACUUCCUCCCGAAUCCAUAGUUGCCAACAGUCUUUAAUUUUUAGGCACUGUCUAAUUUUUAGAGACAGUCCUAGUAAAUUCUGGUUGUCCCAAAUGGAAAAUGGGCAGGGCAUAUAUGCACAACACCCAUAAAUAGAUAACCCCAGGUGGGUUUGGGGGGGUUGUCAUGUCCCAAAUUUACUAACUACAAUGUUGGUAUGUAUGCAAAUCAAGUUAUGGUUUAGGUAAAUUGCAAGAAUGCAACUCCCUAAUAUGCAUCUAUUGAUUGCUUUUAGCAAUAGGGUCCGAGUCUGGGUAUACAUUAAAUAAAGGUACUCUGAACCCCUCAGCAGAAUACGAGAUGCUUACUUGCUGUCAGGUGUAGGUGAAAUAGGCUUGACAUGUGCUUAACAUCGAGAAGGGUUAAGCUCCAACAUUCACUCUGCCUUGUAUAGGAUAUUUAGACACAGGACUAUGGCAGCAAACAGAAUUCCAUGCCCAUACUAUCAGAAAUCUAUAUAUGACUUUUGUUUUAGAGCUUAUAGA